AUGCAGAUUAAGAUAGAAGCCUUCGACGACUCGGAGAACGGUGCUCUACAGACUGCCAUAGCUAUCCCUGAUAGUUCACGUCCUUUUGAGCAACCUGCUAGUGCGGUAGUAAAUGAAGAGGAUCUAGUCGUAAAACGCGUUGUUCUCCGUGGCGAUUAUGGGUCCUCUGAUUCCGACUCUGAUUCAAGUCCCGACUCUGAUUCAGGCUCUGACUCUGACUUCUCUUACGCACCCUCCUCCUCUGAAUCAGACGAUAGCGACGAAGAGCUGCCUACAACCAUCCAGUCAACAGCAGAAGUUAGCGGAAACGAUGCUUUCGACCGUCUCGUUGCCAAAAUUCGAAGUCACAACGGCGCUCACGGAGACUCUGAAGCCGUGAACGGCGGGCUCCUUUCCCGCGAAUGGGAUUUUGUCAUUCAAGAGACAACAAGUACACGACAGCAGGGGAAAGGGGGUAAACGCGCUUACUCUGGUCCAGUUGUUUCAGCCCAUCUUCGCACUCUUCUCGGCGACGGAAACCAAGCAUAUGUCGAUGGCGAGCUGGAUAAGGCCACCCGCAUCAUGCUCGAAGUUAUCCGAAUCGAACCGCGAACGCCAACUGCUUGGGUUGUCCUCGCCCAAUGUUAUGAGGAGAAAAAGCAGCAAUCUUGUGCGCUGCAACUUCGUAUCAUGGCUGCUCAUCUGCGGCAGGACGCUGAGGAGUGGGAUCGGUUAGCAAAACAAUCGAAGGAAUUGGGUUAUCCGCAGCAAGCGCUAUAUUGCUGGAACAAAGGCCACCACGUAGAUCCGAGCAACGUGGCCGCUCUUUGGGACUGUGCGAUGUUGGCGCAAUCUGUCAACGACAUGAAGUCGGCUCGUUUUGCUUUUCUUGGAAUUUUGUCUCGCUUCCCGCAUGACCUCCACAUCAUCUCUCUUCUUCGGCCUAUUUUGAUAUCAUUAUCCGAUUUGCAAAAGUGCGCAAGUUUGUAUAACGAUGCAUUUGACCACCACCGUCUACUCUUUCCUUCUGGCAACGGUCCUUCCACCUCAUCGAGCGAGGAUGUCAAGCCGAGCCAGCACGUACCUGGAGGUGGUUUUGGCGAAAUGGAGGUUCUCGUUUUAGCUGACCUAUUCAAUGAGCUCGGAGAACAUGAAAGAGCAAUCGAGACUGUCAGAAGAGGUAUACGUUGGCUCCAAGGUCGAGGAGAGGACAACUGGUGGGACCUGUGCACGGAUGACAGAGAGUAUGAUCCUACAGGCCCCGUCGUCAAUCGUGUACUGGACGCGAUUAACGAUGUCAGGCCGGGAUUUCAUCCGCUGAACGUCAAUGCUCGUCACAGAUUAGCUGUUGCGAGGCUAAAAAUCGGCGACUUAGAGGAGGGGCAGGUCCACGCUGGCAUGAUUCUCGCAGAGGAAAUAUUGGAUUAUGGCCCACUCUUCACGGAAAUUGCCGAUGCCUAUUUUGACGUUGAUCAGUUCGCAGAGGCGAGAGAUAUCUAUGAGAAGCUUGGUAGCUGUGAGAUGACCAGCAACAUCCAUAUCCUCACCCGCGCUGCUAUUUGUAUGCGCACGAUGAACGAUCUUCAUGGUGCUGCGGAGGUCUAUGAAGCGGUGCGUGUGGCGGAUCCCGAUAACAACGAGUUGAAGAUGGAACUGGCUGAUAUCUAUGAAAUACUCGACGAACCAAGAAAGGCUCUGGACUUGGUCUAUGAAGUCGUGGAUUCUCGACGACGUCGGCCCCGCGAACAUCAACCCGAAGAAAGUAUUGGCGCAACUCUGAGUUGUGUUCCGGGUCUAAUUCAAGAACGACAAAAGCCACCCCAACCAAAAACGAUGUCACAGAUGAAGCAUAUUCGCAAACCCCCACGUUUAUUGCCUGAUGAACUACGGGCGUUGGAGGCUGAAAAGGAUCAAGAAUCGAUGGAAGCGUAUGCUCUGAUAAAGCAACUUUGGGAUGGAAUGCAGCGUGGGGAUGAAGAAUCGACCAAUGCAUGGUUAGUUGAAGCUAGAAAGCUUGUUGAAAUGUUUCGAGAGACGAGACGACUGUUUACGACUUCUAGAGUAUAUCGCGGAAUGGGCCCUAUUCGCCGCACUCGCAAACGCCUGGAUCAGGAGGAUGAAGACAAGAUCUUGAAUAGGCUACAGCUGGAUAUAGCUCACCAAAUCGGAAGCCAUUCGCAGUCUGGUAUCUCAAACUCUUUUCGUGGGAUAACAAUCGACGAAUGGUUGGAACUAUUCCUUCAAGCGUGUUUGCUCCAUCUAUCCAUUUUUCUGAUUCUUACAGUUCUGCAGUACUCCUUUGUUUUAACCCGUCAAGGGGACUAUGAUGAAGCGGAAGAAGUUCUUCGCCAUCUACUGGUAUCAUCUGCGUACAAAGUGCCUGUGUAUCAAGACCGUAUCCGAAUCGCUCUGAUGGCGGUGGCCAGGUUUGUCGGGCGACUUUCUGUUGUUGUCGAACAGUCCCGCAAAAUUCACACAGCCCACCAGUUCCACAAUGAACCUCUUCGUCUCUUGCUGGCUACCUUGGGUCCUAGCGCGACGUUGGGAGUAGAUGCCUGUUUGGGCUCCCCUUUCCAAAAAUACCUCCAUCGGGAGGUGGUCAUCGCAGACGCAGCUGUCUAUCGACCGGCGCACGUCUUAUGGAACACUCCCAUUCGUCGUUUCAGUAUCAACCCCGCAAUUAGUGGCGACGUAGUACUGGGCCCCGAGGAUGUUGAUGAACCGUUAGCGGGAGAUCUUGAUGGAACCAAGAAGCCAAAGCAACGGCUUCCUGACUUUUGUCGUAAACCCAAUCCCGUCAUCAUUGCAAUCUAUGGGUGUACCUUGCUGCUCUCGAAGAGUUACCAAAGUUCCAUCUAUUACCUUCUUAUGGCACAUGACCUUACCCCAGAAGACCCACUCAUCUCGCUCAGUCUAACUGCUGCUUUACUCGGACGAGCAUGCCAACGGCAGUGCGACAAUAGACACCAUCUAGUUGCCGAGGCAAUGGCAUUUCUAGCUCGAUAUCGUGAAUAUCGUGCUGGAAUAACAGAUCAGCACAACAGUGAAAUUGAAUAUAACGUUGGGCGGUCAUUUCAUCAUCUUGGCUUGUAUUCGCAUGCGGUCAAGCAUUAUGAACGAGCGAUUGAGGCUGCUGACCCGAACGAUCCCACCUCGUGUGUUUCAGAAGCUGUCUAUAAUCUUACUCUCAUCUUGGUGGCAACUGGAGCUCGUCAGCAAGCUGAAAGCCUUGCUCGUCGAUGGCUGUCUGUCUAA